UUCGAGAUCCCCGCACAACGCAAACACAAAAAAGCGAUUUGGUGCUCUCCAAGACUUCCACCUAAAGUUUUUUCAAAACCAAGUCACAUAACUGCAGCAGCAGCAGCAAGAAGAAAUGAGGCCAAACAUCGUUUCCGAGGCAGGACUGCAAACUAGGUUGGGGCAAUGGUGGGAGAGCAUUCCUUUUCUUACUUCUGCGGUUGUUGGCGUGUGUGGAACUGUUUACUUGAUCUGUCUCCUGGUUGGAUAUGACUCCUUUUACGAAAUAUGCUUUUUUCCCUCUGCAGUUCUAUCAAGAUUUCAAGUCUACAGGAUUUUCACCUCCAUUAUCUUUCAUGGUUCAGUGCUUCAUGUAUUGUUCAACAUGAUGGCAUUGGUUCCUUUGGGUUCUGAGUUGGAGAGAAUCAUGGGAUCUGUCCGCAUGUUGUACAUAAUCUUUCUGUUGGCCAUAAGCAAUGCACUGUUUCAUCUUACGAUUGUGCUUUUGGUGGCCUAUAAUCCCAUUCACUCUGAUCCGUAUCUCAUGAAUGAAUGUGCAAUAGGCUUCUCGGGAAUCUUGUUUUCUAUGAUUGUGAUAGAGACAAGUCUGAGUGGACACCAGUCUAGAAGGUUGGCUUUUCUAAUGUUUAAUUUCAAAUGUAUUACAUACCAUGGUUUUGUUUUUUCACUGAGUGAGAAUUUUGCAAAUGCUAUCUUUUCCCUAACCUAGAAUAAUU